AUGGCCGCCGCCUGGCUUAAGCUAUCCGUCGCGCUGACAUGCGCAUUGCUCUUGUCGUCGUCGGCGUGCCAUGGCCUGCAGGUGGGCUACUACAAGAAGACGUGCCCCCGCGUGGAGGCCAUCGUGAGGGACGAGGUGAAGCGCUUCGUCUACAAGAACGCCGGCAUCGGCGCCGGCCUCAUCCGCAUGUUCUUCCACGACUGCUUCGUCCAGGGGUGCGACGGCUCCGUCCUCCUCGACCCGACCCCGGCCAACCCGCAGCCGGAGAAGCUCAGCCCUCCCAACUUCCCCAGCCUCCGCGGCUUCGAGGUCAUCGACGCCGCCAAGGACGCCGUCGAGAAGGUGUGCCCCGGCGUCGUCUCCUGCGCCGACAUCGUCGCCUUCGCCGGCCGUGACGCCGCCUACUUCCUCAGCCGGAUGACGAUGAAGAUCAACAUGCCGGCCGGCCGCCUCGACGGCCGCGUCUCCAACUCCACGGAGGCCCUCGACAACCUGCCGCCUCCGGUCUUCAACCUGGACCAGCUCAUCGCCAGCUUCGCCGCCAAGGGCCUCACCGCGGAGGACAUGGUCGUCCUCUCUGGCGCCCACACCAUCGGCGUGUCCCACUGCUCGUCCUUCGUCUCCGAUCGCCUCGCCGUCCCCUCCGACAUCAACACCGGCUUCGCCAACGUGCUGAGGAGGCAAUGCCCCGCCAGCCCAAGCCCGGCCAACGACCCCACGGUGAACCAGGACGUGGUGACCCCCAACGCGCUCGACAACCAGUACUACAAGAACGUCCUGGCGCACAAGGUGCUCUUCACGUCGGAUGCCGCCCUCCUUGCCACGCCGGCGACGACCCAGAUGGUGCGCGACAGCGCCAACAUUCCCGGUCAGUGGGAGGCCAAGUUUAACAAGGCCAUGGUCAAGAUGGGAGCCAUCGAAGUGAAGACCGGUUACCAGGGAGAGAUCAGGAGGAACUGCAGGGUCGUCAACCACUAA